AUGUCGGAAGAUAUUGAAGUAACGCAUGAGGAUCAACAAAGGAUAAACAGUUUUGCAACGUGGAACUUAAAAUUUAAAGAUUAUACAUCUGAUUACGAUCAGAAAAAGAAAGAGCUGGCAAAUCUUAAUGAUGCUGAGGAUGAAUUAGUUGUCGUCGAAGAGAGCUUACAUCCAUAUCUUAUUGGAGAAACAUUUUUCCACUUGUCAAACGAUGAAGUUGGAGAAGAGCUCUCAGCAGCCAAAGAAAAAGUGAAAUUGCGAAUGGUGGACCUCGAAGAACGAAUCAGCGACUGUAAAGUUCACAUGAACAAUUUAAAGAAAGAUCUUUAUGGCAAAUUCGGAAAUCAUAUUAAUCUCGAAGAGGACUAG